AACGCUGCUGGUGUUAGUGUUUCCAGUCUCGACACGAUGUUCAGCCGCCUUGCUUCAAAAGACGAUUCCGAAAAAAGCAAGAACAGUCGCACCGUGUUGCUCAUAGGUAGAACAGGAAAUGGCAAGUCAACUUGCGCUAACGUCAUCGCUGGUUAUGACCCUUCCAAAGCUGAAGAACAACUCUUCAAAGAGAGCGACACAGCUGCCAGUGAAACCAAAGACAUUCAUGACAGGACGGUAACAGUCACCUGGAAGAAGCAGAAAUACGAUCUGAAAAUUGUUGAUACCAUUGGUCUUGGAGAUACGGACAUGCCAGAAGACAAAGUGAUUAAGUGUCUAGCCAAUGUUUGCAACGUAUGCAAGGAAGGCAUUAACGUUAUUUUCUUUGUGGUCGGAGGCCGCAUGACAGAAGUGGAAGCUGACACGUGGGACACUAUUUGGAAGAUCAUAUUUACUGCACAAAUCUGCGACUUCACAACAUUGAUUCGCACUAAAUUUCAAGGAUUCAUGAGACCCGAUCGAGUUAAGGCCGACAUAGAUGCGCUGAAAAAAUGCGAAACAGGUCGCCGAGUCAUGUCAAUGGUAAAAAAGGUCAUUCACAUCGACAACCCAACAUUGAUGUACCAAGACUCAGAAGACCCGAUGUACCAAGGCAUCAAGGCGAUCCGUGCCAAGUCAAGAGAAGCACUACUGACGAAAAUUGUCCUUUCUGAAAAAGUUUACAAACCACCGGAGUUGGAUGAAGUGAAUGACCGUAUAACGCGUCACGUCGAAGAGAAGUCUGCGGCAGAUGACAAAAUAGCUAAGCUAGAAAAGGAAAAAGAAAAUGCUCGAGACGAAUUGGAGAAAUUUCGCAUCCAAGCUGCAGUUAGCGAAGAGAGGGCAAAGUCAGCCCAAGCAGAAGCUCGACUACUGCGCGAAAUGAAUGAAGUGCUCAGAGAAAGAGCACAGAGAGCUCCAGAACCUGCAGCAGCUGAUUCUGGCUCUGACUCUAGUUGCAGCAUAAUGUAGAAACAAUGCAGCAAUGCUACAAAACAAUCAGUGCAUGCAUCUAAUAACGUAUUCCAGUAGAUGUAUUUGCCUGUAUACACUAAUGUUACUGUCACGUGCAACGGAAUGUCGAUGUUCGUAUUGUUUUGCUAGAUAUUGCAAAUGUAGUACAUUUCUGCACUGUAACAAAAACUGUUUAAGAUGAA